AUGGAGAAGUUGUACUUUGCGGGGAGCAGCGCAUGGACGAUCAACAGCUCUCUGGGGAACGGCAGCCUCCGCCUGGAGAACCAGAGCUCCGGGAGGAACAGCACGACCGACCCCCUGAAGAGGAACGAGGACAUGGCCAAGGUGGAGGUGACAGUCCUCUGCCUCAUCCUGUUCCUGGCCCUGACCGGCAACCUGUGUGUGCUGCUGGCCAUCCACACCACCCGGCAGAAGCACUCUCGCAUGUACUUCUUCAUGAAGCACCUGAGCAUCGCUGACCUGGUGGUGGCCAUCUUCCAGGUGCUGCCCCAGCUCAUCUGGGACAUCACCUUCAGGUUCUACGGGCCAGAUUUCCUUUGCCGGUUGAUCAAGUACCUGCAGGUGGUGGGGAUGUUUGCUUCUACCUACAUGCUCCUGCUGAUGUCUCUGGACCGCUGCUUGGCCAUCUGUCAGCCACUGAGGUCUCUGCACAGGAGAGCGGACCGGGUCUCUGUCCUUCUCACCUGGCUGCUGUGCCUGCUGGUCAGCAUCCCUCAGAUCCACAUCUUUUCUCUGAGGGAUGUGGGGAAUGGAGUUUAUGACUGUUGGGCAGAUUUCAUCCAGCCCUGGGGACCUAAAGCCUACGUCACCUGGAUAACCCUCAUGGUCUACAUCAUCCCCGUGCUGAUGCUGAGUAUCUGCUACGGCUUAAUCAGCUUCAAAAUCUGGCAGAAUGUGAAGCUCAAGACGGCUCACGGGCCCAACAUGGGCCGGAACUCCUGCUCCCGCAGUGGGAUGGCAUUUGCCAGGGUCAGCAGCACCAGGCUCAUCUCCAAAGCCAAGAUCCGGACGGUCAAAAUGACCUUCAUCAUAGUGCUGGCAUUCAUAGUGUGCUGGGCUCCUUUUUUCUUUGUGCAGAUGUGGUCGGUGUGGGACACCAAUGCGCCGCAGGAAGCCUCCCCGUUCAUCAUCGCCAUGCUCCUGGCCAGCCUCAACAGCUGCUGCAACCCCUGGAUCUACAUGCUCUACACGGGACACCUCUUCCACGACCUGAUGCGCCGCUUCCUCUGCUGCUCCACCCGGUACCUGAAGUCCCGGCCCGGCUGCGACCUCAGCGUCGGCAAGAAGAGCAAUUCCUCCUCCUUCGUGCUCAGCUGCAGGAGCAGCAGCCAGAGGAGCUUCACGCAGCCACCCCUGACGUGA